AUGCCUCAUGAUGAGGCAAAGUUAGAGCGUACUUUUGAUAUUAAUGGUGACGGUAUUCUAAAGGUGACAGCUAAAGAUAAAGCAACUGGUCCAACUGAAAUCAAACAUAUGAUUGCUGAAUCUAAGAAACUCAAAGAAGAAGAUAAACAAAGUCAAGAACGUGUUGAAGCUAAACAAGAACAUGAAAACGAUGUUUACCAGAUUGAAAAUACACUCAAUAAACCAAACGUUGCUUUGGAAUUAAAACGCAACAAUAAAGUAACAAUUGAAUCUGCGUUAUCAGUAUUCUCGUAG